AUGACAAUGGAUAAGCAGUUGAUAUGGGUGAGGGAUCCCAACGAUGGUUUCAUCCUGGCUCGUCUCCACGAGCUGAUGGGUGAAGAGGCGGAUGUUCUACCUAUCGACAACAAACACACGCGCCGCCUCGUCAACUUCGAUGACAUACUACCAGCAGGAGAUCCGGCCGUAGAUGUCGAUGAUAAUUGCGAACUAAUGUUCCUGAACGAGGCUACGCUUCUUAAUAACAUACUCGUCAGAUACAAUAAGAAAAAGAUAUACACGUACGUAGCGAAUAUACUGCUAGCAGUGAAUCCGUACGAAGAUAUUCCAGACAUGUAUUCUUCGUCUACCAUCAAGAAGUAUCAAGGGAGAUCGCUUGGUGAAUUGCCGCCUCAUGUCUUUGCUAUAGCUGACAAAGCCUUCCGUGAUAUGAAAGCGUUGAAGCAGUCUCAGUCGAUUAUAGUUUCGGGAGAAUCGGGUGCUGGGAAAACUGAAUCUACAAAAUAUAUAUUGAAAUAUCUCUGUGAUUUGUGGGCUAAGGGCGCUGGGCCAGUUGAACAGAAAAUAUUGGAUGCCAAUCCGAUCUUAGAAGCGUUCGGUAACGCAAAAACAACACGCAACAACAACAGUUCCCGUUUCGGUAAAUUCAUGGAGGUUCAUUUCUCCAACAAAUAUCAAGUAGUCGGUGGUCAUAUAUCUCAUUAUCUGUUGGAGAAAUCAAGGAUUUGUACCCAAAGUGCUGAAGAGAGGAACUAUCACGUGUUUUAUUUGCUAUGUGCGGGGGCGCCACAGGAAUUGCGAUCCGCAUUGAAAAUAACCAAACCUGAUGAUUAUUUAUAUCUGAAGAACGGUUGCACUCAAUACUUUACGUCUCCUCAAUCUGAGAAGAAAAUACAUGCAAGUCAAAAAAGCAAACAACAACAAGCAAAAGGCGGUCUUCGAGACCCAAUAUUGGAUGAUGUAGAAGAUUUCCAAAGAUUAUACCAGGCCUUAUCCCAUAUAGGUUUAUCAGAAUCCGAAAAGAAAUCGGUGUUUUCUAUAGUGGGCGCUGUAUUACAUCUUGGUAACAUAGAGUUUGAAGAAGAUGGCGGGGCUAGAGGCGGUUGUAGAGUCACACCGGAUUCUGAACAAGCUCUAGCUACAGCCAGCGAGCUAUUGGGUGUUGAUGCUGGGGAAUUAAGAAUGGCUCUAGUGUCUAGACUGAUGCAGAGCUCUAGAGGAGGCAUCAAAGGAACUGCUAUCAUGGUGCCCCUCAAGACGUAUGAAGCUUGUAACGCGCGCGACGCCCUAGCCAAGGCUGUAUAUAGUCGACUGUUUGACUCUAUAGUGAGGAGGAUCAAUGAUAGUAUACCUUCUAGUACAUCCGCGUAUUAUAUAGGAGUACUGGAUAUAGCUGGGUUUGAGUACUUCCAAAUGAACAGUUUCGAACAAUUCUGUAUCAACUACUGCAAUGAGAAACUACAGCAGUUCUUCAACGAACGAAUCCUUAAGAACGAACAGGAGUUAUACAAGAGAGAGGGCUUGAAUGUACCUGAGAUAAGAUUCGUUGACAAUCAGGAUUGUAUUGAUCUCAUUGAGAGCAAAAACCACGGUAUCUUCCACUAUCUGGACGAAGAGUCCAAAUUGCCGAAACCAGAUUUCGGUCACUUCACGAACUCAGUUCACAAGGAACUCGGCAGUCAAUCUAAUUCCCGUCUGAACGCUCCCCGCGCGUCCCGCCUCAAGGCUCACCGAGCUCUUCGUGAACACGAAGGAUUCCUUCUGCGACACUUUGCUGGAGCAGUUUGCUAUAACACGAGUCAAUUCAUUGAAAAGAAUAACGAUGCCCUUCACGCCUCGCUAGAGUUCUUGGUGCAGGAGUCUAAGAACACUUUUGUACAACAACUGUUUGAAAACACAGACAACAGCAAUGCUAAAGGGAAACUCAACUUUAUAUCAGUGGGCGCUAAGUUCCAAACUCAACUGUCACAGCUCAUGGAGAAAUUGAAAGAAAAUGGUACAAACUUCGUCCGUUGCAUUAAACCCAACUCUCGUAUGGAAGGCGGGUCUUGUUCCGGCUCGCUAGUACUCACUCAGCUACAGUGUAGUGGAACUAUCGCCGUGUUAUCACUCAUGGAACACGGUUUUCCAUCGCGGGCUCCAUUCGCUGACUUACACCGGCUUUAUUCUGACUACCUACCACCGAAAUUGGCGGGACUACAGCCUAAAAUAUUCUGCCAGGCAAUAGUCCAUAGUUUCGGUCUAUCAGACAAGGACUAUAAGUUCGGUAUAACGCGAGUGUUCUUCAGGCCCGGCAAGUACUCGGAGUUCGAUACUAUGAUGAAAUCAGAUCCUGAGAACCUCAAAGCAAUCGUGGACUCGGUCUUGGCCUGGCUCGUGAAGUCAAGAUGGAGGCGCUCCAUAUUCUCUGUACUCUCAAUUAUAAAGCUAAAGAACAAAAUCCUCCAUCGCCGCAAAUGUCUGCUAAUUGUGCAAAAGACGAUUCGCGGUUAUUUGACUCGUAAACAACACAUGCCGCGUUACAAAGGGAUCGCUAAGAUCAAGCUUUUAGAGAAAAACCUCAUACAAAUGGACACUGUGACGUCACAACUGAAGAAAGAAAGAGACAGCGCUAAGAAGAAUAUUGAGAACUUGAGGAAUAGUAUUAAGAACGCCUGUCAUACUAUCAAGAGCAACGAGAAAAUAACCCGCAAUGAAAUCGACCAAAUAUAUACGAAACUUACUAAAGACGUGGAAGCCCAAAUGGCGGCCUUGCAUAAGGCGAUGAUUGAUCAGAAAAACAGGGAAGAACAAGAGCGUCUUCGUAAAUUGGAGGCCGAGAUGAGAGCUGCCGAGGAGGCGAAGAAAAGGGAACAAGAAAUAUUACGACAAGAAGAGGAACACAGGCGACUGAAAGCGGAAAUGGAGGCGAGGAGGAAGGCAGAGGAGGCUGAGAGGAGGAGGCAGGAGGAGGCAGACCGGGCCGCCGCUGACAGGCUGAGGAGGCAGAUGGAGGAGGAAGACCGCGCAGACCAGGAGAAUAGAGAGAGGUUGGAACAAGAGCGUCGUGAUCAUGAGAUGGCCGUGAGGCUCGCUAACGAGACGGACGGACACGUGGAGGGGUCGCCGCCGCAACUACGAAGUUUCCCAACACUGGACUCGAUGAACGGAGAGAAUAAGUUGAACAGGUCGGAACGUGUUCGCAUGCAACAAGCUCUUCAAGAAAAGCAGAAAUACGAUCUCUCCAAGUGGAAAUAUUCCGAGCUCAGAGACACUAUCAACACCUCGUGUGACAUUGAACUGCUGGAGGCAUGUCGUCAUGAGUUCCAUCGCCGCCUGAAGGUGUAUCACGCUUGGAAGGCAAAGAACGCUCGCAAGUCGACCUUGGACCAGGAACGAGCGCCGCAAUCCAUCAUGGACGCUGCCAAGGCUCCCCGAGUGACCACCGGCGCCAUAUUGGGUGCGCGUCAUCGUUACUUCCGUAUCCCGUUCGCUCGUCCCGGCAGCGAUGAAGCUCGUGGUUGGUGGUACGCUCACUUCGACGGGCAGUAUGUAGCUCGUCAGAUGGAACUACACCCGGACAAGACGCCCGUACUACUACAAGCUGGGUUGGAUGACAUGCAGAUGUGUGAACUGAGCUUAGACGAGACUGGACUCACGAGGAAACGAGGAGCUGAGAUAUUGGAGCACGAGUUUGAAAGGGAGUGGGCUAAGAACCGUGGACCUCCGUACAAACCAGCUCAUUAA